AUGGCUGGUCCUAGCAAGUCUUUGAUCCUUGAUCCGGCCCUCCAAAAAUACUACGAACUCAAUUCCAACCGUUACAAGUACUGGCGCUGGACCCCGCGCCAUGCCAUGAUAUCGUUCGUCUACAUGGGUCUGAUUCCCGGUAUCCUUGGCUACGUUGCCUACAAGUACGAGGGCAAGUUCGAAUUCCGUGGCAAGCGCAGAGGAGAUCCGAUCGCCGAGUAA